CCCGGCAUCAUUCGCGAUUAAACAGCACCGGUGUGAGCUUCCGCAGGCCGAGGCCACCCUGACCGCGAACUGAAUUGACACAAUUGCCCAGACGCACCCUUCCGCAAUGUCUGCGAUCCGAACGUUCGCAAUCGCGCUUCUACUUGUCACGCUCGUCUCCGUGGAAGGCGCUCCUUUCUUCGACGCUAUUUACGAUGCGCUGAACGGGAACGCUCGGAGAUCGUACGGAUACAACGGAUACGGGAAUUCCGGUUAUGGUUAUAAUGGGUACGGCGGCUACAACGGAUACAAUGGCUAUAACGCGUACCCGGCGCCGAGGAAUGUAGAGAGACCGCAUAGACAAGGAAAGACGUUUAAAGAAAUUUGCAGAGUGCAUUAUCCGGAGGCAGCGGCCGUUCCCGGGACUGGUGGCAUCAUAUGCCCCUACUGAGGGUCAGAUCGCGUGUUCUACGCAAUGGAGCGGCUGCUCAGACGCCGCAACAUCAUGAGGAUGGGUUGAUCUUGUUGUAGGUUUCGGUCGGAAUUAUGGUAAACGUAACCAGUGUGGGUUCGAUUUUCUGUGAUCUUUUAGUUAUUUAUAGAUUUAGUUUCAUAAGUGAUUUCAUACAAAAAAAAAAUGUAAAUUUUAUUUUGAUAAACUAAUAAUACACUUUGUUAGUUAGGAAGAAAAAAACCUUGCAUAGUAAUUCUCUGUUAGACGAUAUUAUUCAUAAUUUAGUGCUCAAGUUAAGGUUUAUUAUGUGUUAUUUAAGUGUUCUUGUAACAAAAUCGUGCCACGUUUUUCGAAAGUGUUCCAAGUUAUCUAACUGCGUGAAUUAAGAUCACUCUGACUGUCUUGUUCUUUUGUUACUUUUGUCAUUGAGUGACUUUGCAAGUGAUAACCUCGAGAUAUUGUGUUUGUUUACAAAUAUUGAUAAUUAUGUUAUUCUAGUUUUUAGUGCAAUGGCCGGAAAGACAAUGCGUAGAACACGCGAUAUUAAUUUUAAAAAUAAACAUUGUAAAUAUUCAUGGAAUUAACGUAAUUGGCUUUUAGUACUUAGAUCAAUUAAUUGGCCAUCCGAUUUUAAGUUUUCUGGUUUAAUCAGUUUUAUAUUACAUGUGUUGUCGACAUCAUUUUCUAUAUAUUAAAAUGAUUUAAAUGCUAAAUUAUAAUUACAAAUCUCGAAUUUUCUAAAAUCAAAUUGAAUUCAUAAUUGUAAUGUUUCAAUGUUCUUCUGUGUUUUUUAAUACUUCUUUACAAUACAUUAUCUGAGUAAGUUAUUAUUUUACGUUAAAGUUAUUUUAGUCAUAUAAAUUAAUGUAUAUUUUUAAAGUACUAAUUUUGAAAUGUUGCGAAUAUCGUAAAUAUAUAAUGGGGUAAUGAACAUGUGUGACUUAUUUCCGCUUAGAACGAAUACGAUUCAUAGUUAUAGAAGUGUCUUAAAAAAUAAGAAACAAUAAAUCAAAAAUUAUUU